CUUUUGACACUUUUCGAUCCUUCCAGAUAUGUAAAAUCCUACCUUCUGCCUGAUAAGACCAAAAUAAGCAAGCGACGUUCUUCGCGAAAAAAGGGCUCUUUGAAUCCGGUCUUCAGCGAAGAAUUCAAAUACAAGAUUUCACAAUCUGAACUUGCCUCACGCUCCCUCCAGCUGUCUAUUUGGCAUUACCAGGCCAUUGGGCCGAACCUCUUCUUAGGGGAAGUCACCCUUUCCCUCGAAAACUACAACUUCGAUCCAGCCCUCAAGUGGUAUUCUUUACAAGAGCGAGUAAGCCUUUUAUUCCUAUUGCACACUAUAUGA